AUGCAUCCCGAGGCGGAAUCCGAGCUGCGAGGCCACAACACCGACGGUAUUCCGUUUCGCGCGAAACGGCAUCAUGUCCAUCGAACCUGGGCCAGGACUUUUUCGUCAACGCCCGAGCUCUACAUUCAGCCAGAGAGCCUCGCCGAAGUCGAAAAAGUCGUUCAUCUGGCGCAGAAAUGCCGUCGGCGCAUCGUGACUACCGGCUGUGGCCACUCGCCAUCCAACAUCACUUGCACUUCUAGCUGGAUGGUCAACCUCGACCGCUUCAACAAGAUCCUCGCCGUCAACUCGGACACGGGCGUCGUGACCAUGGAGAGCGGCAUCCGGUUGUACGCUCUGUGCGAGGAACUUGAACGCCACCGUCUUGCAAUGCCCAACUUGGGAAGCAUCAACCAACAGUCCAUUGCUGGCGCCAUAUCAACCGGAACCCACGGAAGCAGCGUGCGUCAUGGCCUCAUGUCUGAAGAUAUACUGUCUCUCAGGAUUACCCUGGCCAAUGGCACAACGGAAUUUUGCUCCUCCGAGUCGAACCCGGAGCUUUUUCAAGCUGCACUGCUUUCUCUCGGCGCAUUGGGAAUCAUCACCGAAAUCACCCUUCGAGCGGCCCCCGCUUUCAAGCUCAAAUGGACGCAGACUAUUGAUGCCGAUUCCAAGCUGUUCAAGAGAUGGCCAUUGGACCUCUGGACGCAGAGCGAGUUUGUCAGGGUGUGGUGGUUCCCGUACACGAGACGAGCUGUUGUGUGGCAGGGGGACAAAACCACCGAGCCCGAACACGAUCCCGCAGUGAGCUACUAUGACAGAUCGUUGGGGUACUACGUCUACCACAACUUGCUCUACGUGGCGCAAUUCGCUCCUCGGAUUCUCCCCUGGGUCGAGUGGUUCGUGUUUGGCAUGCAGGACGGCUUCGCCAACGGUUCCACCAUAACCGCCAUCCAGCCGAGUCGAAAGGCGCUGCUGAUGAACUGCCUCUACUCGCAAUUUGUGAAUGAAUGGGCAAUCCCCCUGCACAAGGGCCCCGAGGCCCUGCGACGGCUCGGCUCCUGGCUGAACCGCCUCGGCCCAGACGACCCGGAUUACGUUCCGCACAACAUCCCCUUCUCGGCCGAUGGACUAUAUGUUCAUGCCCCAGUGGAGGUCCGGGUUAGUGAUACAAGCCUCACUUCAAACGCCCGGCCUUACCUGGACCCAACUGUCCCAGACGGCCCAACUCUGUAUCUCAAUGCCACCUUGUAUCGACCAUACUGGCGAGACCCACCGUGCCGCGACCGCUACUACCAGGCGUUCGAGUGGUUGAUGAAGGAUAUGGGAGGCCGACCUCACUGGGCCAAGAACUUUGAAACGUAUGGACCUGAAAUCGGAGCCAUGUACGGCAAGAAGCUGGAAACGUUCAACAGGAUACGCCGUCAUGUUGAUCCCGAGGGUAUGUUUGUCGGCCCGUGGCACAGAGAACGCAUCAUGGCGCAUCUUCCGGGGUCCAAAUUCCUCCUCGAGGAAGUUGAGGUUUCUAGGAAGAAGACUGCUGACGGUGGUCUUAUGACGGAGGGCCUUGUUUGA